UCAGGCUCCUCAAGCUGAAGUAGUCUGUGCUUUGUAAAGCUGGUCAUAAAAACAAACUGAAGAUGGAGCUGCUGAAGAUGGAGCUCAGAGGCAGAGCACUUGUCUAGCAUAAACAACUCUGGGUUCAUCCAAACUCCAACGGGGAAAGGGUCUGCAGACUGAGAACCGAGCAUUCUAUCGGAACCCCACGGCUCUGGAUUCUAGGUCCAGCAGCAACCAGAGAGACCAUGCAGGUCACCCUUGCAGUGCUGGUCUGGAUGGCUUCUUCUGUGUCUAGUUCUUCAUUUACAGCAAAAACUUUGCCAGAUAUAACAAACGAGGACUUCAUCAAAGAAUGUGUUCAAGUUCACAACCAGCUUCGGUCAAAAGUGAGUCCACCAGCCCAGAAUAUGCUGUACAUGUCUUGGGACCCAAAACUAGCCCAAAUUGCAAAAGCAUGGACAAAAUCUUGUCAAUUUCAACACAACCCACAGCUGCAUUCACGGAUACACCCAAAUUUCACUGCCCUGGGAGAGAAUAUCUGGCUUGGCUCUCUAUCCAUCUUUUCAGUAUCUUCAGCCAUCUCCGCCUGGUAUGAAGAAAUUAAGCACUAUGACUUCAGCACUAGGAAAUGUACAUAUGUCUGUGGCCAUUAUACUCAGGUUGUUUGGGCGGACAGUUACAAACUUGGCUGUGCGGUGCAACUUUGCCCUAAAGGAGCAAAUUUUAUAUGCAACUAUGGACCAGCAGGAAAUUACCCAACGUGGCCAUAUAAGCAAGGAGCCACUUGCAGUAAUUGCCCAAAAGAUGACAAGUGUCUCAACAGUCUCUGCAUUAACCCAAGACGAGACCAGGUCUCACGUUACUACUCUGUCGAUUAUCCAGACUGGCCUAUAUAUCUACGGAACAGAUACACAUCUCUCUUUCUCAUUGCUAAGUCAGUUCUUCUGUUACUGUCUGUUUUGAUUACCAUCUGGGUAAAGCACAAAUAUCCUAAUUUGGUUCUUUUGGACUAAAGCCAUGGUUGGGGGACAACUUAUUCACAUGUGGCUACUUAAAAACUUUUCAAUAAAAUCUUAG